UCGAAAAAUAGGGUUUCUGUCAGGGUUUAAGGAAUGAAACUAGACUAAUACAUAUUUCACUUCUUGCCCCUCUCUAUCUCUCUCUACAGAAAUCAUGGCCAAAAACAAUCAAAUAGAAAUCGAUGAAUUAAACACAAAACCAAUCCAACAAAAAAUUAAAGAAGAAUUAGUAGAAGAUGAAGAUGAUGAAGAAGAAGAUAAUGGAGAUUGGGAAGAUUGGAGAGAUGAUGAUGAAGAAGAGGAAGCAGACUCUAAUUUUUUGUGUUUAUUUUGUGAUUCUAAGUACAGCUCUUGCAUUGAGUUACUUGACCAUUGUGGUUUUACCCAUAAGUUUGAUUUAAAAGGGAUAAGGAAAGAACUGUGCUUGGAUUUCUAUGGUUCAUUUAAGUUCAUCAACUACGUUAGGUCUAUGGUGGCAGAAAACAGAUGCUGGAGUUGUGGGGUUACUUGCAAGUCCAACAGAUAUCUACAGUGUCAUUUACAUGACGCAGUGAACCUUAAAGACAUUAAGCUUUUCUGGGAUGAUGAUAGAUAUUUGAAACCUUUUUUACAAGAUGAUUCACUCUUGUACAGUUUUAUUGGAGAUGAAGAAAGUGAAGAGGAUUUUGCUACACAAGUAGAUAAAGAGGAACUCAUGAAGGAUUUAAGGAAUAUUGAAGAGAUCCGUAUUGAAGAUGACCAAACUGGACAAGUUUCUGCAGCUAUUUCUGACAAGUUUGAAGGAAAUGGAAUAAAAGAGGUUGCCUCUGUUUCCAAGGGCCCUUUGAAUCUUGCCGUGACAGAGAUUAAGAAAGUAAAUGAGAAUUAUUUCGGUGCUUAUAGUUCAUUUGGUAUCCAUAGAGAGAUGAUAAGUGAUAAGGUAAGGAUGGAUGCUUAUAGGCAAGCUAUCUUGAAAAAUCCUUCUCUCUUGACUGGUGCUGUUGUGAUGGAUGUAGGUUGUGGAACUGGCAUACUAAGUCUCUUUGCAGCCCAAGCAGGGGCUUCAAGAGUGAUUGCAGUUGAAGCCAGUGAAAAGAUGGCUGCAGUGGCAACUCAGAUUGCUAAAGACAAUGGCCUUUGGCACAGUAAUACCCAAGGUGAAGGAAAUAGCAAGUGCACUGGUGUAAUGGAGGUGGUUCAAGGUAUGGUUGAGGAGCUUGAUAUACAAAUUGAACCACAUAGUGUUGAUGUCUUGGUGAGUGAAUGGAUGGGUUAUUGCCUACUCUAUGAGUCGAUGCUCAGCUCAGUGCUCUAUGCAAGAGAUAAAUGGUUGAGGCCUGGAGGUGCCAUUCUCCCUGACACAGCAACUAUUUAUGCUGCGGGAUUUGGAAAAGGUGGUACCAGUCUUCCAUUUUGGGAAGAUGUAUAUGGUCUCAACAUGACUUGCAUUGGCAAAGAACUUGUUCAGGAUGCUGCUCAAAUUCCUAUUAUUGAUAUUGUGAAUGAUUGUGAUCUAGUGACUGAUGCUGCUGUUCUCCAGAGUUUUGACUUGGCAACUAUGAAGCCUGAAGAUGUGGAUUUCACCGCAAGCAUCGAGCUGAAACCAAAAUUGGGUAAAACAACAUGGUGUUAUGGGGUUGUAUUGUGGUUUGAUACUGAUUUUACAACCAGGUUCUGCAAAGAAACACCAGCUGUGUUGUCUACAUCCCCUUUCACUCCCAAAACACACUGGUCACAAACUAUCCUCACCUUCCGGGAACCAAUAGCAGUGGCACCAGCAAAACCUCCCGCUGAUUUAUCAGCAGCUGUUGGAACGGAUGCAUGCCCUGCUGCAAGAAUCCAUUUGCGCAUCAGCAUUGUUCGUGCCAUUGAACAUCGCAGCAUCGACAUUUCAAUGGAGCCCAUUACAGUUGGCCCAGUUGGUCAGAAGCGCAAUUGGCCAGUGCAGAUAUUCAAUCUAUCUUAGAAUUUGUCAAGCAGAUCAAAUCCAUAGAUCAUACCAUCUGGCAUUUUGAGAUUGUCUUGCCUGUGGGAUCAGUUUUGACUCUGUAAAAUUUGUGCUCUUAGAAAACUUGAUUCUACCUUCUUGAGCAUUUAGCCUGUCCAGUUGUGGGUCGAUUAUAUAACCUUAUUUUAUGCAUUUGGUGAGUUACAUCCAA